CUUCUCUCUGAUUUAUGAGAGAAAAAAGGCUUUGUGCAUAACGUGUGAUAAAACGCGAAUUUUUUUUAUUAAAAAAACGGGUUAAGUACGAAGAAAAAUACGUAGGAGAUAUUUUUAGUGUUUUGCCAUUAUUAUUCUGAACGUUUUAUCAUUGUUAUUAGUAUUAAUUUGCAUGCCUGAGGGGAGCAUUCACGUUCUAACCUAUAAAGUCUUGCAAUGAUCGUUGCACUUUAUUUUCUUGCAAGAUCAUCUAUCGUAUAAUUUGAGAAAAAUGCCAAAAAAACCGAGUAAACCAUUACGCGGCGGCCGUGGUGGAAGAUCUGGGAAUUUCGAAGACAGACACUAUUUUGGUCAUGAUUAUCGUGUACCUAGAAACGAUGGUAAUUCAUAUCAUACCCAUAACAGACCCAGAGUAUCAUUCAAAACACAGGCAAGACCAGCAAGAGAUGUACCUAGGAGUUUGGCACUAGCAUGCUUAGAUGAAGAUGUACAAAUGGCAACAAGUUCUAAUAAUAAUAAUAGGCAGGUUAUAAUGACAGGGAGAAAUAGGGGCAUGCAACGUGGAAGAAACAGUCCAGUUCCCAAUAGGAGACCCUUUAGAAUGGGUUUGGUACCUAGGCUCAAACGACUUCCUCUUGGGGAACCUAGUUGGUAUAAAAUUACUUAUAAGGUGUUUGGAAAUGAAGCCAAUUUUUAUGUGGAUGAUAAUAAAGUAGCAGUUGCGUUACUUGACUGCGAUCGUAAAAUUACAACUACCGAUGGGUACAAAUUGUUAAUAAAAGUUACAAAACCACCAUUUCCUCAGUGUGAAAUUGAUGCAAAACUGAAAGAAAGAUUAAAACAAGCCAUGGCGAAACGAUAUGUACAUGCGACAAAUGCACUAGAUUUGUCAAGAUUUCACAGAGAUCCUGAUCUUAUUUCUGACUAUUUUUGUGCAUUGUUCCGGCCUCAAAUUUUAAAAGCAGUAUUGGACAUUGUAUCAGAACAUAUACCAGAUUUAGAGGCACUAAAUUUAGAUGGAAAUAAAUUGCAGAUAAUUGAAAGAUUAAGCAUCUUGAAUCAAAAAUUUUUAAAAUUAAAGAUACUGUAUAUUGGAGAUAAUAGGAUAAAUGAUGUGAAUCAAAUAGAUACUAUUAAAGAUUUGAAGUUGGAGGAGCUCAAACUGGCAGGGAAUCCGAUAUGCAACAAGUAUAAAUCCCGACAAAAUGAUUAUAUUAGGACGGUAUGGAUCUUCCAAAACCAAUAUUGUUCGAUGUAGUGGAUGAAGGAAAUAAAAUGCCACCCUUUCAAAGGAUGUUUGUUGCAAAUGCAAAAGCGCAACAAGUUGCGAGUCAAUUUUUGCAACAAUACUUUCUCAUAUUUGAUAGUGAGAAUCGUGAACCAUUGCUAGAUGCGUAUGUCGAACACGCGUGUUUCAGUAUGACUGUGUUUUAUCCUCACAACCCUCACAACCCAAACAAAUUGAAUGGUUACCUGAUGGAAAAUAGGAACUUGUACAGAAUAAAUGAUACAAACAAAAGACAAAAAUUAUUAAAACAGGGACGUUUGCCUGUAGUUUCAUUUAUUUCUGAAAUGCCACAAACUUCUCACUAUCUAAACACAUUUACGAUGGACAUCAGUUUGAUUACGGAUGGAAUAAUGUUGAUUACAGUCACAGGAUUAUUUAAAGAGCUUGACAAGAAAGAACAGUCUAUCCGUUACUUUAAUCGGACCUUCAUGAUAAUUCCGGAAGGAAGUGGUUAUUGUAUUCGAAAUGAGCAAUUACAUAUCACUCAGCCGACAGAUGCACAGUUAAAACAACUGAACAGUCAAUCAGAAGCACAAAUGACAGAUCCAGGAUCACAGACUUCAUCAAUUAGCGGCACUACAGAACCAUUACCAGUACAAUUGUCUGAAGAUGUAAAACAGCAAAUGACGAUGACGCUUAGUCAACAAACAAACAUGAAUUUAGAAUGGAGUUUGAAAUGUUUAGAAGAAGUGUCAUGGAAUUACGAUAAUGCGCUUUCAGCGUUUCAAGAGUUUUACAAGCGGGGACAAAUACCGGCAGAAGCAUUUAAUAAAUAAAAAUACUCUACACGAAGAAGUAAAAUGUAGAGGUACUUUUAUUCAUUUUUCGUUCUUGUUGCAUGUGUCUUUUAUAUUGCAAUGUAAGUAGAGAUGCAAGUUUUGCUGGUUAUUUUGUUUUUCCUUUUAAGAAAGAUGUUAAUCUCAACAGGCAGUAAUCAUUCAUUAUGAGUUGCAAAUUAAUAUCGAAUUUUUUUUUAUUUUAUUUCGUAAUUAUGUUAAAUUAUUAGUUACUAUUUGGUACAUUUACAACAAAUAAAAAGAAGAUUGGUGUAAAAUACUGAAAGGAAACAACAAUCUUUUCUACGAAACAAUGUAUUUAACAACAAACUUCUUUUUGUUAAUGAAAUGCAUAAUGUUUUUAUCUUUAAGGAACAUAAAAUAUAUAAUUUUGAUUUUGAAAAAAUCAAAUAACUGCCUUUUGAAAUUAGAAUUUAAUAAUAAUUCAUAAGUUCAAAAAAUGUUCACAGAAAAGUAAUAUUAAAACACGAUUUUUUUUUUUUUUUUUUU